GGGGAAAUCUUCAAUUGCAACCCAUUUUAUAGCUCUCGGCAUUUAACUCAGCCGACUCCUUGUACUUCAUCCGAUGAAGCUUCUUCUAACUGGAAGGCAUUCAUGGGCUGGUUAUGGCAUUUCAAGGGUUUUUGCUAUCUGGGGUCGUUACUUCUCCACUGCCACUUCAUCUUCUGGUCCCGUUGACUCUCUCCUGCUUCGGAUUUCAAGGUCUGGACACCCAACUUCUUCAAUGGCAACUAUUCUCGAUCAAUGGCUUGAGCAAGGAAGACACGUUAAGUACUCUGAGCUCCAACGCUUCAUCAGACAGCUUCGCAAGUACCGCCGCUUCACCCACGCCCUUCAGAUAUCAGAAUGGAUGAGUGCGCAAAGGAAUCAUGAUCUGUCACCUGGAGAUAUAGCUAUUCGGCUGGAUUUGGUAUCGAAAGUUCAUGGCUUAGAGCAAGCAGAGAAGUAUUUCGAUAGCAUUCCUCAAGGUUUAAGAGUUUCCCAGGUUUAUGGUGCUUUAUUGAAUUGCUAUGCUCACAAUAGAUCCUUGGAGAAAGCUGAAGAAAUCAUGGAUAAGAUAAGGGAGUUAGGAUUUGCAAAGACAUCACUUUCGUAUAAUGUAAUGCUAAGCCUCUAUGCUCAGCUGGGGAAACAGGAGAAAUUAGACAUUUUAAUGCAAGAGAUGGAAGAAAAGGGUAUCAAUUUUGACAAGUAUACAUUCAACAUUCGGUUAAAUGCUUAUGGUGCCACUUCUAACAUAGAGGGGAUGGAGAAACUUCUAAAGAAGAUGGAAGCUGAUGUUAAUUUCAAAAUGGAUUGGAAUGCAUAUAUUGUUGCAGCCAAUGGGUACUUGAAAGCUGGCUUAGUUGAAAGGAGUUUGGCAAUGCUGAAGAGGUCAGAGCCUCUAAUUAUCGGUAAGCCUAGAACGAAAAGGCUUGCUUAUGAAGUUCUCAUUACUGUAUAUGCUUCUACUGGUAAUAAAAAUGAAGUGUAUCGUGUAUGGGAUUUGUAUAAGGAUAUGGGAAAAGUAUACAACUCAGGCUAUGUGUGCAUGAUAAGCUCUCUGAUGAAAUUGGAUGACAUUGAUGGUGCCGAGAAGAUCUUGGAGGAGUGGGAAUCUGGAAACCCAUUUUUUGACAUUCGGGUACCAAAUAGUGUUAUCAGUGGUUACUGCAGAAAGGGUCUUUUGGAAAAGGCUGAAGCAUAUGUAAACAGGUUUAUAGAGAGUGGAAAGGUGCCUGAAUCAAGCACAUGGGAACAUCUCGCAAGAGGUUACCGUGUUAAUGGUCAGAUGGCAAAGUCAGUGGAGACUAUGAGGAAAGCAAUCUUGGUUAGUCAACCAGGAUGGAAGCCCUGCAAUUUUACCUUGGCAGCAUGUCAUGAUUAUAUAACACAUCAGGGAGAUGCGGAAGCAGCGGAGGAGUUUUUGAAAUUACUCAAAGAAAGGGGUCAUUCUCUAGGAGAUAUGCAUGCUAAAUUAGUUAGAACUACUAACAACGAAAGUCUUGGUGCUCAAGCCCUUGAUGAGAUGGAAACAGAGGAACUGAUUGUUGAUAGGAAACCGUAUGAAAUUGUUGAGUCAAAGAAUGAAAGAAGUAACUGAAUUAUUUGUGUACUGACUUAGAAGAUAGUGCACUAUGUGUCAAGAGAAUCAAUGUUCUGGAUUUGAAUGGGACUCCCCCUAUAAAUUUGUCCCCCAUAUUUAUUUCUCACAAUGCAAGGAAGACAUUGCCAUAUGAAUAUGAUUAUAUUGAUUUUCCA